AUGUCGAUUUCCAUCGCACAGCAGCGGGCGUUCCGCCUCGAUGCCGGCCACAAGGCCGUGCGCGCCGCCGCGCCCCGCGCGCCCCUGCGGCCCCAAGCCCGCCGCGUCGCCGCGCGCGCGGGCAAGGGGGACGCCAAGACGUCCCUGACUCCGCAGGGCUACGUCGAUACCGACAACUCGGGCCGCGGCAACAUCUUCCCGACGAAACAGGGGGCCUAUAUGAAGAAGACCAGCCCCGUUGAGGGCCUCGGCGGCGGCGGCGGCGUGGGCCUCUUGGGAGGCAUCCUCGCGGCAGUGGCGGUGCUCGCGGCCGUCGCCAUCGGCCGCCCCGGCGGCGGCCCGGAGUCGCUGUCGCAGGUCGCGGAUCGUUUUGAGGGGGAUGGCCUCGCGGUCAUUGCGCAGCGCAUCCAGAAGAGCCUCUGA